UUUUGUACAAUAAUAAUAUUAAUAUUACCAUUUAACUCAUAUAAAAUAGCUAUGCAAUAAAAAAAUGCCUUUUUUCUUUAUAAAUACCAACAGUUAGUUGGUUGUACACACAUUUGGCACCUACGCUCGGUAUGCGGUUGUGAUGCUACCGGAAGUAAUUGUUUAUUUAUUUGACAUUUGAAUUGAAAUGUUUGUAUUGUUAAGAUUUUUCGAUUAAUACGCAAAUUACAACAAAAUGGGUAGCGAAAAGCUACUUUUUCGGCUCGAGCAGCCCCAUGGAACGGGGGAUAUUUAUAUUGCGUGGCAAAAAGGGUCGGGGAUGUAUUUGGCUACAACUGGUAUAGAUGCAAUAGUUAAUAUAUUUGAUAGGCAAGGAGAUGUGAAGGAGAGAAUUAAACUGCCGAGCUUGUGUACUGGGCUUGGUUGGGACUCUGACGGUGAUCUUUUGGGUGUCAUAAGUUCCCAACCACAGUUGAUAUUGUGGGAUUCUAAUUCAAUGAAAAAAUUGACGAUUGAUGUGGGGUUAAAGGACUAUUUGUCGUGUUUGAUUUGGUCCCCGGUGAGUCCUAUUUUGGCGGUUGGGACUUCAAAAGGGAAUGUUUCUAUUUACAAUCAUAACACGUCGAGGAGGGUGCCUAUAAUUGGGAAACACUCCAAAAAAAUUACAUGUGGGGUUUGGAAUACAGAUAAUAUUCUGGCUUUGGGGUCUGAGGAUAAAACCAUUUCUGUUAGUAAUUUGGAGGGGGAUACUUUGAGGGUUAUUAACUUGAGAGCCGAGCCAAUGGAUAUUCAGUUUUCUGACAUGAAAAGAGAUGAAAGAAUAGCCGGACAAAAUACAGUAAGUGUUAUAGUAGGUAAAAGAACCCUAUUUCUGUACAAUCUAAUGGACCCAGAAAACCCCAUUGAACUAGCAUUUCAACAGCACUAUGGUAGCAUAGUGGUGUACAAAUGGUAUGGGGAUGGUUACAUAUUAAUAGGGUUCAGUUCUGGAUUUUUUAUCGCCAUAUCCACCCACAUAAAGGAGGUUGGACAGGAACUGUUUCAAGUUAGAAACCACAAAAAUACGCUAACCGACAUUACGAUUUGCGAAAAAAUCGGCAAGGUUGCUUCAUGCGGCGACAACAAUGUGAAAAUCCAUGAUCUCUCAAAUCUGAAGGAAGUGUCCAGCGUUUUGACUCUGGCGCAAGAAAGCGGUUUGGAAAGGGUGGGUUGGAGCGUCGAUGGUCAGUUACUGGGUGUUUGCACAAAAGGCGGUUCUCUGAACGUUUACGUGUCGCAUAUGGUGACUUUGACUUCGGUUUGCGCGCCCAGAAUAGCGGUUUUGUCAAGUUUGAACGAGAUUAGUUUGUUUAAUUAUUCUGCAGAUAAGUCCAUGAUUAGACCAAUCCCAGUCACUCUAAUGGUGGAACCAAGUUUCAUAGCUGUGGGGCAGUACCAUGUAGCUGCCGGCAUGAACAACAGAAUAUGGUUUUACGAUUUAACAAAACCCCAAGUGGGCACUGAAGAUAGCCCACUUAUGAUAGGUGAUAGACAAUACCUUGGAGUGGUAACAAGCAUAUGUUUGAAUCCAGAAUAUGCCUCUGUGAUGUUUGAGGGAAGCCUACAACUACACAUGAUUGAACAACCCGAAGUUUGUCACGAAGACCGCGAAACCAUAAUGUUUCCGAACGCUUCUACGAAGCAGUGCGUAAUCACCUGCCACGCCCUUACGACCGAUUUUUUGGUCUACGCAACCGACAUGGGACAAAUAACCUAUUUUCACAUCGAGGAUUGGGCAGUGGCGGGGGAAUUCUCGCACGAAGUUGGCAUCACUGACUUGUACGUGGAUCCGGCCGGUGCCCGAUUGGUCUUUCUCGACAUCAGGGGCAAGGGAUACGUUUACAACGCCUUCACGAAUAAAUCACUUGAGAUACCGGAUCUCCCAAGCAAAAUAAACGGCGUGACGUGGGACAGUAACAUCUCGGACAGAAACAUUUUCAUAGUGUACGACGAAAACGAAAUUUUCACCUACAUUUACGUGAAAUUUUCAAUCGAUGGACCAAAGGUGAUUAAAGUGGGCGUUACCGGUCUAGUUUCGAAACAAUUGCCUCUACUAAUGUACGCGGGUGAGGUUAUGUCGGCGACAUCUGGCGGCCAGUUGUCGCAACUGGCUCUAAGCACCCACGAUUCCGUUCAGAGUGGUAUUAAUGAGAGAGAUAGUGCCGUAUUGGAGGCUAAUUUUAAUAAACAACUUUCCCUACACAGGUUUAGUGCUGCCUGGAUAACAUGCCAAACACUUCAAGACAAAAAACUCUUUCGAAAAAUUGCUGAAGAGUGUCUAAAAUUUUUAGAAAUCGAAAUAGCCAUCAGAGCUUACAAGGAGCUGGACGACGUGUCCAUGGUGUGGAACCUGGAGACGCUGCGCGACGUUGAGGAAAGCAGGCUGCUGGCCGGACACAUUUGUAUGUACUUGAAGGAGUACGACAGGGCGCAGGAGUGGUUCAAGGCUUCGAGCAGCGCGGAGGCCGCGCUGCAGAUGCGCAGGGAUCUGCUGCAGUGGGAUCAGGCGCUGCAGCUGGCCAGGAAAACGGCCACCGAUCAGAUCGCCAUGAUCAGCAGGGAGUACGCGCAGCAGCUGGAGUUUACUGGGAAUUACCCUGAGGCCUUGAUGCAUUACGAGAAUGCUUUGCAGGAGAAUCUCGGGCCUGCUCAUAUACACACUUGUAAAACAGGUAUCGCUCGGUCGAACCUGCACUGCGGCAACUACCGCCACGGCAUGAGCAUAGCGCUGGAACUGGACAGCAAGCAGCUGCGAAAAGAGUGCGCCGACAUCCUCGAGCGGAAAAACCAGCUGCACGAGGCGGCAACCCUGUACGAAAAGUGCGGGAUGUACGACAAGGCUGCUUCGAACCACAUCAAGCUGAAGAACUGGACGAAGGUGGGGGAAAUCCUGCCCGAAGUGACGUCCAGCAGGAUCCUGCUGCAGUACGCGCGCGCCAAAGAGGCGGAGGGCAGCUACGAGGAGGCCCUGGACGCCUACGCCAAGGCCAAGGACUUCGACGCGGCCAUCAGGCUGCAUUUGGAGCACCUGAACAAUCCGGAAAUCGCGGUGGAUUUGGUGCAGGAGACCAAAAGCGUCGAAGGGGCUAAGCUCGUAGCAAAAUUUUUCCAAAACUUAAACGACACCUCCUCGGCCAUAAGGUUCCUGGUGCUAUCGAAAUGCACCGAGGAUGCCUACGAGUUGGCCAAAAAAACCAACAAGAUGGAAUUGUACGGGGAAAUAUUACUGAGCACCUUUUCCGAGGACGAAACCAAACCGUCGGACUUUUCCGGCAUCGCGCAAUACUUCGAGAACGAUAAAAAUUUCAUUCAAGCCGGCAAGUACUGGUUCCAUGCCAGGUCAUACCAAAAAGCCAUGAGGUUGUUGCUGAAAGCGGCGAAAUCGAACGCCAAAGAAAACGACGCCCUCACAAUAGCCAUAGACGUGGUGGCUUCGUCGAAAGACGAGCUGCUAGCUUCGCAGCUGAUAGAGUAUUUGUUGGGCGAAACCGACGGUCUCCCCAAGGACCCCAAGUACCUUUUCAGGCUGUACAUGGCCAGAAAGCAGUUUAAACUGGCGUCCAAGUCCGCGAUCAUCAUCGCCAACGAGGAGCAGAUAAACGGAAAUUACAGGAACGCGCACGACGUGCUCUUCGCGAUGUAUCAAGAGUUAAAGCAGAACGGGAUCAAAAUACCGCAGGAGAUGCACUUGAAUUUGAUGCUACUGCACAGUUAUAUUUUGGUGCGGUUGCACGUGAGGCGGGGGGAUCACCUGAAGGGGGCCAGGAUGCUGAUCAGGGUGGCCAACAGCAUAUCGAAGUUCCCUUCGCAUGUCGUGCCGAUCUUGACCUCGACCGUGAUCGAGUGCCAUCGCGCCGGCCUGAAGCAGGCGGCGUUCAAGUACGCGACGAUGCUGAUGAGACCGGAGUACCGGAAGGGGAUCGAUCAGAAGUACGCGAAAAAAAUCGAGGCGGUGGUCCGGAAGCCGCCGAGGAACGGCGAGUGCGGGGACCGCGUCGAGCCGCUAAGUCCGUGUCCGUAUUGCGAGAAUAUGGUUCCGGAAACCGAGAUCGAUUGCAAUGGGUGCAAGAAUCACAUACCGUUUUGCAUAGUGACGGGUAGACAUAUAGUUACCACGGACUUGACAGCUUGUCCAGAGUGCGAUUUUCCCGCUCUAAGAUCGGAAUUUGUAGAAGUUUUGGAUAGCGAAGAUUCUUGCCCGAUGUGCUCUGAAAAAGUUGAUUCCCGAAGACUACCGAAAAUAACCGAUCCAAACUUAUACUUAAAUAUUGAAUGAUCUCUAUUUUUAUACAGUUUACAGCUUUUAAUGUUGAUUUUAUUAGAUCUCGUUUAUUUAUUUUUUAUUUAGUUGGUAAGUGAAAAAAUACUCGUCCGUCCAAUUGAUUGUUGGUUUUGUUAAUUAGAUUUGUAGUUUUUCUGUAAUUAUUUGUUGACUAAUAAAUUGGUUUAACGAUUUUCGUUUUUUGUUGAUUCCCUUUGUCAUCC